CGCAGACAUGUCUGACCAACAAUUCGUGUUAAGGUGGCAUUACCACGAAACCACGCUAAUUCAUAAUUUACCCUGUUUCUUGGAGAGCGACAUUUUUACCGAUGUCACUCUUUCUGUAGGGGCACAACAAGUGAAGGCUCAUAAAAUCAUAUUAGCUAUGUGUAGUGUUUAUUUUCUUCAGUUGUUUCAGGAGAUAAAAUCUGCACAUCCAGUUGUGAUUUUACAUAAUGUGAGCUUUGAAGAGGUGAAAGCCAUCUUAUCAUUCAUAUAUCGAGGUCAGUGUGUGGUUUCUCAAGGAGAACUUCCAAGCCUACUGUCUGUCGCGAGAUUACUUAAAAUCCAAGGACUAUGUGAUAUGAAGGUACCUGACAAACAAGCACAAAGUAAUUUCUCAACAAAUAAUUAUGAACAUUCUGACAGAACAUCACACAAUGGAAUAUACAAUAGUUACGACGACGACUACGAAAAGAACUUCAGGGACCAAAUGCAAAACGAAAGAAUUGACAUAAAAAGACAACUUGAUAACAGUAUUGCUGUUCAAGACUUGAGCUUUAAUCAAACCAAUAAAAUGUCCUCGUAUUUUGAUGACAUCACUCCACCAGAUACAAAAGAAACCAUUCCUAUGAAAUUUGAAGACGAACCAUACUCGUUCGCAAGGAAAAUUUCAACGAGGGACAGUUCCGAAACUUGCAAAUGCUUUCUAUGUGGCAAAUAUCUCAGUAAUCAGUACAACCUCAGAGUCCAUAUGGAGACGCACGAAGAAGCUUUUCACGCCUGCCAUUCUUGUACGCAUGUCUCUCGAAGUAGAGAUGCUUUGCGAAAACACGUUUCUUAUAGACACCCUGAAGAAUAUCAAACACGAAAACGAAAGAAAGCAAACAGUUGACGAAAGUAUAAAAAAUGUUAGAAUAAAUAAAUACU